GCUUCCCGGACGUCGGCAAGAAAGGUAUUGGAGUGAUUUAGUGAUUAAAGGCAUACCGUGUUUGUUUGUUUUCACACCAAAAAGGAGUUAAUUGAGGUAUCUGACACGCUAACACGGAUCAUGUGAGAGUUCUUAGCGCUAUCGGUCAACGCUGCGAAUUGUGACAGUGGAAUUAUCAGAUAGUUUGUAUUGAGAGAAAAUCCCGAAAGAGUGCAGAAGAAGCUGCCGGAAAAGGUGAGAUCAUCCGGAAUCUGCGCGAUCUAUACAGCCAACUUGGUCCUCCGCCCAGGUGAAGGGCGCUUGUAUUGUGAUUGAGUUGAGCGGGACAAUGAGAUGGUUCAGGAAAUCCUCCUCGAGUGAAACACCGCGUCUGCUGAGUCUGUCGCCGCUGAGGAAUAGAGAUCAUGCAUCGGGUUCCGUGGCGAAUGAAAGUGAUGGAAUUGAGACGACAAAAAUCAAGCGUCUGACAUCGGCUGAAUGUUGUUCAGCAACAGAAUCACCUCACGCUGGUGCAGUGAUCAGCGAUGGCACAAGGAAGUCACGAAUCGAUCUCCUCACGUCGUCCACGAGCAAGUCCGCGUCGAAUAAUUAUAGUGUGCAAGAGCAGAAGAUUGUGGAAACGACGUCAAAUGGGCGCCUCAUGGGACGCUUUAUAUCGCCGAAUAGACUGAAAAAUAAGCAAAACAAGAGGAAUGAUAUGACAUUCAGGGAGAAGAGGAAUCCACUGCCAUCCACACGCUUGUCAUGCUACACUCCGUCGAAUCACUGCAAGUCUAUUGAUGACUUCAUACUCCUCAAUGUGGAUGAUUCAGUAUCCACGUCGUCGGGCAGUGAGUAUUCCGGUGAAAUGAGCGCUAUCAUUGGAUCGUACAGGGCGGGCGAUAAGGACAAUGCCCCGAAUUCUCGUCAUCACCCACUAACGGUGGUGAGACGAUCGCAAUUUGCGAGCAAGAGCAUCAAAUCAAAGUCCACGGAGAACAUCUUCGAUGACACACCGUCAGAAGAAGUGGCAAAUGGCACGGAGAGUUUGAGCGUCAAAGUGAGAAGUGUACAAGAUAAGGCACAGAAAAUGUUUACACGCUUUUAUCCAAAUAGAAUGGUGCAUGACGAUGAGGCGGAAAAUGCUCACCAGAGGAGUUUAAGUCAUGGGCAUUUGCCGGAAAUUGACGAAUUCCUCUGCUACCAAGCGCUCAAUACAGACUCCAUCAAUGCCUUUGGUGAUCGGAAGAGUGUGGCGGAUCAGGAGGAUUGCGAUUCGGGCAUCCUGGUGAAUGAGCUCACGGGACAGUCGUCCAUUAGCAGUGAAGUCGAGGAGACGCUCAGUGGACCACCAAAACUGCCUGUUCGUAUGACAUCGGAGGAGAAGAGACACUUUAAGUACGUGAAACUCGAGGUCUCGAACGGUGCCAAUGGCUUUGGUAUUCUCAUCUCACAAAUUUCGCCGGAGACUCCCACGAAGAUCAACAGGUACCGCGUGAGACAUAUCUUGAGAGGAAGUGCGGCGGACAGAGAUGAGAAUCUACGCGUUGGCGAUGAACUGAUCAACAUUUCGGGCUACAGACUGCACAAUAUGUCCUUCAAUCAGGUCCAGGAACUUCUCGAUUCGCCAUUCCGGCGCUCCGCAAGAGAUGUCCACAUUGAUCUUGUGAUUUGUCGCCAUGAGACAAGUGACAGAGAUGCACGGAAAAAGGGUGUCACGAGUGGGAGGAAGAUUUCACUAGACUCGCAUCUCGAUGAUAGAAACUAUACUGAUGAUUACACCUCGAGAGCCAUCAGAAUUGAUGGUCUGGCACAUUUGCAUGUGAACAAGAGUACCCCAAUGAAGCGGCGCGCUCAGCAGUUUCAGAAGAAUGUGACACCAUAUUCGAGUAUGUCGUCAAAUCGGGUCAUCCGACGAUCGCUGAGUGGUCAGACAGGUCAGGUGGAAGUGGCGUCUCCCGAAGCGGCAUCCGCAGAGGUCACUGUCCAGAGGAGUUGUCUCGCGAAAAGUGCCAUGAACUUGUGCGACGACCAGGAGGAGGAGACUGGCCAGAGUGCAACGCUGCCCACGUCGAGCAAUAACUUUUGCACGCUGCCGCGGCGUCCUCGAUCGGGCGUGCUGUCCUUCCACACUGUGUCAUUCGAGAAGGGCCCGGGAAAGAAGUCACUGGGCUUCACGAUUGUCGGCGGAUCGGACAGUCCGAAGGGGAAGUUGGGCAUUUUCGUUAAAAGCAUCCUACCGAUGGGUCAAGCGAUAGAUAGUGGUGAAAUUAAAGUUCACGAUGAAAUUCUGGCCGUGAAUGGACAAGUUUGUCAUGAUCUAUCGCACGAGGACGCCGUGAAGAUGUUCAAAAGUGUGAAGAAGGGUGCAAUCGUUCUCAACAUUUGUAGGCGCAAUAAAAUUACCAAAGACCAAAGUUGAUGACCGCGAGAUGUGGAUUCCCUUCUGGAAUUUAUCUCUGCCACUCGGGAUGUGAAUUGUAGGGGAAAUUCAAUAAAAUAGAUUACGAAAAAUA